ACAUGGAGCAAACAGAGCUCAACAUACCCGCCCAGUGUCCCCGGGAUGAGAGGACGGCUGCUUCGGUAGAAAAAGAACAGGGAAAUGAAGUUGUCAGACUGGCUAACCCAGCAGCUCACCCCCUUUCAACUGUAGAAGGCAGGUUUAAAUGAUAAAAUCGCCGCUAUGACCGUCAGUUAGCAAAUGUCACCCAGCUACGGCUCUAUUAGAUAACGUUACCCACCGUUGAGAGUGUCGUAACACAGUAGAGAAAGUGGACACAACUUGCUAUCCCGCUAACUAACCUCUAGCAGUCGAGUGUGUUUCGGUUUCAGGACGACAUCGCAUUUGUGAUUUUUGGAUUGGAUUACCCGUCUUCAGUCAUGCCUUUUCCUUUUGGGAAAUCUCAGAAGAAUCCAGGUGAAAUAGUAAGGACUUUGAAGGAAAAUGUUGCACACAUGGAAAAGUUGGAUGCUGCAGACAGCAAAAAGUGUGAAAAGGUUGCAGAAGAGGUGUCCAAAAACCUUGCUUCCCUGAAGGAGGUGCUUAGUGGGACAGGGGACAAGGAACCUCAAACUGAAGCUGUGGCUCAGCUCGCACAAGAAUUAUAUAACACCAAUCUUCUCAUCGCACUUAUUGCAAACCUGCAGAGAAUUGAUUUUGAGGGCAAGAAGGAUGUGGUCCAUUUGUUCAGCAAUAUUGUAAGACGUCAGAUUGGCAGCCGCACACCCACUGUUGAAUACAUCUCCUCACACACAGAAAUACUCUUCAUGCUUCUGAAAGGAUAUGAGAGCCCAGAAGUGGCUCUGAACUGCGGCAUGAUGCUGAGAGAGUGCCUGCGCCACGAGCCCCUGGCCAGGACGGUACUCUUCUCGGAGGAUUUCUUCUGCUUCUUCCAUUAUGUGGAGCUCUCCACCUUUGACAUCGCAUCGGAUGCCUUUGCCUCCUUCAAGGAUCUUCUCACACGACACAAGAUGAUGUGUGCGGAUUUCUUGGAGAAUAAUUAUGACAGGGUGUUCACAGAGUACGAAAAGCUGCUGAAUUCUGAUAACUACGUCACCAAACGGCAGUCUUUGAAGCUCCUUGGGGAACUCCUGCUGGAUAGACACAACUUCACUGUCAUGACAAAUUACAUCAGUCGAGCCGAGAAUUUGAAACUGAUGAUGAACCUUCUACGAGACAACAGCCGUAACAUCCAGUUUGAAGCAUUCCACGUCUUUAAGGUAUUUGUUGCAAACCCAAACAAGACCCAGCCAGUGCUCGACAUCCUGCUGAAGAACCAGGCCAAGCUGGUGGAGUUCCUGAGCCACUUCCAGACGGACAGGUCCGAAGACGAGCAGUUCUGCGACGAGAAAAACUAUCUGAUCAAGCAGAUCCGAGACCUGAAGAGACCAGCUGCAUCCGAGGAGUCUUAAAGCCUGCAGGACCAUCUUGCUUCUCUCAGGUGGUACAUUAUAGAGGUGGUGUCUGAAGCUGCAGAAGGCUGAGGGAGUCUAAAGUAAUAAGACAAAGAUUUUAAAAUAUAAUUUGAAAUAUAAAACAUAGGAAAACGUGUUCCAAUUUCUCAUUUUCUGGUUUAGUGCCACUGUGGAGGUGAAUUUAGUCAUCACCUGUACGGGCCCAGAACUUAUAUUUAAACCACAGUGCUUCUUAUUUAGUGGCAGUGGAAGGCCUUUACUCUGCUUGUGUAAUGUUGGGCCUCAAACUCUUAUUCCUUCACAUAGAUUGUUGCUAGUUUCCCAACAUUUCCACAGGCUCUAAAGAUGUUCUUAUAAAGUAAUUUUCCUUAACUUGUCUAUAUUAUAAAGAUUGAAAUGCUGAGAGGUAAUAAUAUUAUUUUUCUAAUUGCUUCCUCUAAAUGCUCCAUUUUGCUUUAUUAUCUGCCUUAUUGUCCGUUUUUGUCUGUCUGUGUGGGAGAGUUAAAUGAUCUUUAGAAAUUCGGCCCUGGCAGUGACUUGUGGCUCUUUAUUGGCCAGGUCAGCGCCCAGGGCUUUGGCUGCUUUUGUGUGUCUGGCAAUAGCCAGACGUGAAUCCAGCAGUGCUGUGUCUAUGCAGGAAGCACAAGUCAGAACCUAUGAGGAAUCGAUCAAUUCUGUUGUUCUUUUUUCUGGGGGUUGCGUCUGGCAACGCUUACAUGACUGAAAUAGAAACAAGGAAUCAGAUAAUGCUGCAGGGUCUCAGCCAGACCAUUGAUCUCACAGAAAGCGCUCCAUUUCAUUUCCACAUGCAGAAUAUACAUAGUACUAAUCUAACACAACUGAUACCAUGGUAAUGGGUGCUUUUAAGGAUGCAACCCCAAAAUGUUUCACCGUUGUUCUAAUUUAUGAGCAUUAGGUUGAAUUUAAACAUGUUGAAGUGAAUUCAUACUAAUCCUAAAGUCAGAAAUGAGUCUGGUCUCUGGACACUGGACAAACAGUUGAGUUUUUGUCUUUGUUGUUAGAAAUAUAUGUAGAGAUGCACUGAUUAGAGAUCCGGUGGCCAAUUUCUUAUCGCCAAUUCCGUAAACCCGAAACUGCUUUUUAACUGAUUCUGACUUCUUCUUAAGAGCUAUAAAUAACUCUCUUUUUUUUCCUACCGUCUUAACUUCAACUGUCUGAACAAUAAAGUGUUUAUAGAAAUUAAUGAAUAAUUGUGCACCAUUUCACAAGAUAUUCAUUUUUUAUGAGGAUUAUUUCAAAACGAUAACAUCAGUGUCGGAAGAAGAGGCUCCAAUUUGUUGUUAUUGGUUAGAUUAAGUCAUUGAAUUAUUUAUUGCUACUAUUAUAAAAAGCCUUUAGCAGCCUUUCUGUCAUCACUCAUUGAUUUUUCGUAUUGGGACUAGAGGUGACGUCACACUGUGUGAGAGCGAUAUGUUGGUGUUACACAGCUCUGCAGUUAAUAAUCAUUUGAAUAUCAUUUCAAACCAAAGGCAAAUUGAUUGGAGUUAACUUCUGAAACUGUUUUAGAAAUGUUGUUUGCAGUUAGCACAUUGGGCACAGCUAGCAUUAACAGUAGUCUUUGUGUGUAUUCCUACAGUAAGUAAAACUUGACCUUAACUGAUAUUUCCAAAAGACUAGAGUUAGAUGAAACAGAGCAACUUUGCAGUAGUAGGUUCAGCUUCCUGUUAUCCCCUGAUGUCUGUAGCAGCCUGAAUUAACAGCUGACGUGCCUAAUAAAUAGUGUUCUUUAUGGAACCUACCUAAAGCUUUUGUGCUUUCUUUUGACUUCAUUUUUAAACACCUCCCUGAUACUAAAAAAACGGACUUUCUAACCACAUCCGCUGAAGAGUGUUGUCAGUCCAACCUGAUAGCCCUUAUAUGAUGCGUUCACUGAUUGGAGAAAGGUUGGAUUUUACCUUUCCAACUGGUCCAGCGUAGAAUCAGCUAAUUCCGGGCACCAGGUGAUUUUUCGUGGCAUCUCUAAUUAUGGUAAAUAGUUUAAAUAGUCUUUACUCUAAUACGUCUAAUUAGAAGGCUUUUUUGCCUUACUAGGCAUCUGCUGAGGCAGUUUGUAAAUCUUAGCCUGAAAGUUUUUGGGUGUUGGGGACCAGUGCUGGAUUUAUUUCUAACUGUCAUCUUGAAGUGUAUACCUCCCUGGAUUUGAAAAAGCCCAUCUCUAUCGUAAUUUACAUGAACACCUUACUAGGUAGAACAACGGUACUUGUAUUUAUGCCAUGCACACAUCUGUUCACAAUAAACAGGGACUGGGUGCCGCUUUAAUUUCUCCAUGGAAGAAAAGUUUUCAAUAUGUCCUUGGUUGGUGCACCACCUGUGUUAAUCCAUAAUGAAUUGCAUUGUGCUACCUUGUGAUGGACAUCGUCUUAUGUAGAGACAUUUAAUUGACUCUAGACGUCUGAAUAUGCUGAUAAGCCAAAGUCAAAAUAACAAAAUGUUUUGUAAUUUUAUGAAAAAGUAAAUUAUAAAUUUCAAUUUGUAACUUCUAAUUUGAAGCACAAUUUUGUUAAAGUGUACAGGAAAAAGCCAAAUUAUAUAUUAAGGUUAAAUAUAUAUCCCCAGGAGUCCCAACGCCUUGAUAACAUUCUUUGCUUAGGAGCACUUAAAAUAGGCUCUAAAAAAAGUCAAGAUGAUUUCAAAAUCAUGUGGUUUAGCUUUCUAUUUUAAACACAUUUGUUUGUUUAUUAACUGAUGACAUAAAUAUGGAAUCUUGAAGAGGUCUUGUUGAGAUUUGACUCCAGGCAUGACAUGCACUCUGGGGGGAAAAAAAGGGUGUUGUACACAGCUAUUCCCACCAGGGGGAGCUGUAGGCAACAGCUGGCACCUUGUAAAAGUUUCUGGAUCCCUACCUCCUAUAGUGAGAAUACACAGAACUAUGUAAAACUCUCUUCUCUUUAUAAUUUGAUAUUGAAACUGAAAAGUGGUGCAAUUAUGUACUGAAACUUGCAAAAACAGGAAGGAACUACAGUAGAUGAGCAAAAAACAGUUUGUAUUGCUCUGUGAUUAAAAGUUAUUAUAUGCCAUGACUAACUGACCUCUUGUUGGAAAGCCACCUUGUCAUUUCUGUUGGUAGUCUUCAGGUAUACACUUCUAAGCAUCGUUUCCCUGCUCUGUGUCAAGAGUUUAAUAAUAGUGGUCCUUUUUUCAAGGACAUAGUCCACUCCAUGCUGAAAUAAGUGCUUAAAAAUCCUGUUCUGUAAAUGAUCUGACAGACUGGCUGAUGCCUUACGUUAGGUACCUUUUUAAUGUUUUAAUGAUUCACAAAAGUAACAAGUAUUCCUUUAAGAAUGGUCACAUACAAAUAUAGACAGACAUAAAAAUGAAUAAAGGCAUAACUGAUUUUUAGAGAAACUUUGAAAGAACCUUGAAAAGCCUGGAGAGCGAUUUCUCAGAUUCACUUUAAACUUGCAGUGUCUAGGUCUUUGAAAGCAAAGUAUGACACAUGGCCCAAGAGUUUUGCACAGUCCUAUAAGUCUCUGGCAAUACCAUGUAUACAGCAAAUUUAAUUCCUGAAGAUCAAUAGUAUAUAUUUCUAUAUAUUCAGUUUCCUUUUAAUUCUGCUUAAUGUUUUUAAUUAUUUUGCUAUCUUCUCUUUUCACCCCUUACGCUUUCCACACUGGAUGUUUUAUUUACCGUGGGAACAAAUUAUGUGUACAUAACAUUACAAAAGAUAAUUGAAGUGUGAUCGCAUUUAUGAAAAUAAAGUGUUUUGGCAAACUG